CUGAGCCUGCUGCUUAUCCGACAGGUGAACCAGAAAUUCUGGGCAGAAAUAAUGUGGCUACCGUGGUAGUCACCUCCUGGCCGAGGGAAACCUUUUUUGUUCAAAGAAAGAAGCAGCCAGACAGGAAAUCAGCUCUCAAGGAAUCAUGAUUUGGACAAACAGUUCAAGCCUYUCCACCGGAUUUCUGAUGGGAUUUAUCCUCCUGUCCAUGCUCAUCAGGAAGGUGGUGCCYGAAGAGAACAUCAUUGCAACCAAGAGUGGCAAAGUCAGAGGGACAAACAUGCAGGUGCUGGGGGGCACGGUCACAGCUUUCCUUGGAAUCCCCUAUGGACAGCCCCCCAUUGGGAGGCUGCGAUUCCAAAAGCCAGAACCCCGGGAGCARUGGUCAGAUGUUUGGGAUGCCACCAGACACGCCAACUGCUGUUUCCAGCCCAUAGACACAACUUACCCAGGCUUUGCUGGGGCGGAGAUGUGGAACCCAAAAACCAACCUGAGUGAAGACUGCUUGUACCUGAAUGUAUGGGUUCCCUCUCCCAAACCCAAAAACGCCACUGUCAUGGUGUGGAUUUAUGGUGGUGGCUUUGAGUCGGGGUCCUCUUCCCUGCCUGUCUACGAUGGGAAGUUCCUGGCCAGGGUGGAAAGAGUGGUUGUGGUUUCCAUGAAUUACAGGACUGGUGCWUUGGGAUUUCUGUCCUUGCCAGGAAACCAGAAAGCUCCUGGAAAUGCGGGUUUGUUUGAUCAAAGGCUGGCACUCCAGUGGGUCCAGGAGAACAUAGCAGCCUUUGGAGGCAAUCCCAAAAGCGUCACUCUGUUUGGAGAGAGCGCUGGCUCGGCCUCUGUCACCUACCACCUCCUGUCUCCGAACAGCCACCCUUUGUUCACCAGGGCCAUCCUGCAGAGUGGCUCUGCAAAUGCCCCCUGGGCUGCAAUUACAGCUGCUGAGGCCAGGAUCAGAGCGGUGGCUUUGGCCAAACAGCUCCAGUGUCCCACCARCAACGAGUCCGAGCUCAUUCUCUGCCUCCAAGGCAAGGACCCCAAGGAAAUACUGGAAAAUGAAAUAUUUACUGUUCCAUAUGGCUCUCUUCUACAAGUCUAUUUCUGUCCAAGCGUGGAUGGYGAUUUUCUGACGGACAUGCCAGAAGUGUUGAUUGAGAACGGCCUUUUCAAGCAAACCCAGAUCCUGGUGGGUGUUAAUAAAGAUGAAGGGUCAUCAUUUCUGGCAUAUGGAGUGCCUGGCCUUGACAAGGAUAGCGAUGGCUUGAUCAAUAAAACCCAGUUUGAAGCAGGUUUGGCUCUKGCCUUCCCACAAGCGAGCAAACUGGCCAUAGAGUCGAUCGUCUUUCACUACACGGACUGGGAAAACGUGGARAAGCCGGAGCACUACCGGGACGCCAUCGACGACGUUAUCGGGGACUACAACAUCAUCUGUCCCGUGAUGGAGUUCAGCACCAGCUUCGCCCAGCUGGGCCACCACGUGUUCUUUUAUUUCUUUGAGCAUCGCUCCUCCAAGCUGCCCUGGCCCGAGUGGAUGGGGGUCAUGCACGGCUACGAGAUUGAGUUUGUGUUCGGGCUGCCCCUGGAGAGGAGGGUGAAUUACACCAAAUCUGAGGAGCUCCUGAGCCGCUCCAUGAUGAGAUACUGGGCCACUUUUGCCAAAACGGGAGCUCCAAAUGGGACCCUAACUAGUGGAAUCAGAUGGCCAGUCUUCACUAGCACUGACCAGAAAUAUCUGACACUAAACACCAACACUCCCGAGGUGCUGUCAAAAUUACGAGCCCAGCACUGUCGAUUCUGGAAACACUUCUUCCCCAAAGUUAUGGAAAUGACAGGAAAUAUUGAUGAAGCAGAACGAGAGUGGAAAGCAGGAUUCCAUCGCUGGAACAAUUACAUGUCAGACUGGAAAAAUCAAUUUAAUGAUUACACCAGCAAGAAGGAGCUGUGCAGUCUCUAAUUAAUAUGUUUACUCUUUCCAGUAUGUCCCUGGAACUGUUCAUCAGGCAAACAUCCAGGUAGCUCCCCAACAUGUCCAGCAUUAAAUAUCUUAUGCAGAUUAAAAGGAAAUAUUACAGAUA